AUUUUCUCUGAUUCUCUGGUCAGAGCACUCAAGUCAAGGUCAAACAAAUUUUUAACCCAACUAUUUUCAUUUGGAAUUUUUCCAUAAGUUUCCAAUUUUCAAAUUAAAAAAAUGGCUAGAAACGCAGAGAAAGCAAUGACUACAUUGGCUCGUUGGAGAGCUGCACAAUUAGGUGAUGAUAAGCACAAGAAGAGAAGACCCUAUCUUGCUUCAGAAUGUAAGAGUUUAUAUGCUUGCGAAAAAUGGAGAAUGCAAAUCAUAAGAGAAAUAUCGAAAAAAGUAGCUCAAAUUCAAAAUGCUGGCUUGGGCGAAUUCAGAAUAAGAGACUUGAAUGAUGAAAUCAAUAAAUUGCUCAGAGAGAAGAGGCACUGGGAAGAUCAAAUUAAAGAAUUGGGUGGUCCUGAUUACCAGAGAGUUGGUCCGCGAAUGCUGGAUCAUGAAGGAAAGGAAGUUCCAGGAAAUAGAGGUUAUAAAUAUUUUGGUGCUGCAAAAGAUUUACCUGGUGUUAGAGAACUAUUUGAGCAGGAGCCCCCACCACCGCCAAGAAAAACAAGGGCCGAAUUGAUGAAAGACAUUGAUGCAGACUAUUAUGGAUACAUGGACGAUGACGACGGAAUCCUGAUACCUCUGGAGAAGGAAGCUAAAAAAAAAGCUAUACAAAGCGAAUGUGCGUUGUGGAAAGAGAAUAAAGAAAGUAGACAACAAAAAGAUUCUGACGAGGAAAAUGAGGAUGAUGAGGAAAAUAUAUAUGCUGUAGAGAAGUCUGAUGAUGAAGCAGAACCGGUGGAGGUUGAUGGGUCUCAACAAAGAUUUGUGGCCCACGUUCCUGUACCUUCUCAGGAAGAAGUUGAGCAAGCUUUAUUGAGAAGAAAAAAGCAAGAACUGUUGGAAAAAUAUGGGGCUCAAUAAUUCGAAAUGAAAGUUUAUAUUUUUAAUGUGUAAUUUGCAGGUUCAGAAUUAAAAGACUGUAUUGGUCGAAAGCGAAGAUAAAAUUGGAAUUUGCUAAAAAAAUUUGUUAUUGAAAUCAUUCCUCAAAUAUACUUUUUAUAGAAA